AUGGUCCGGUCCCCCAGACCUGCCAGCGCCCGCCAGGCCACCCCUUCAUCUCCGCCUCGGGCGGCGGGCAGCUGCGGUCCUGGCAGCCAGUGGCAGGAGCCCUCUCCCUGCGCAGCGGGCCAGCCAUGGAGACGCCAGGCGGCCAGGAGAGUGGACGCACUGUGGAACCUCAGGAGCCUCCUGCAGAGGCUGGAGAAAGGCCAGCACCGUGACAUCGCCCUCUACACCGCCGGACACCUGAACCCCGACAACCUCUACCGGCCCCCCGAGAAGGUCGUGUGCCACUGGCGCAACGCCCGCCGGCCCCUGCUGCCCAGGCGCGUGGCCAGCCCGGCGGCCAGGACGGCAGCCAUGAAGGAGGCGCUGGCGCGCUUCGCCCUGCACACGGCGCUGCGGCCCAGCGAGGCCCCGGGCACCCCGCUCUGCCGGUACCUGCACCCGCCGGCCGCCGCGCCCCCCGCGGAGGAGGAGGAGGAGGAGGAGGAGGAGGAGGGCCUGGGCCCGCCGCGCCCGCGGGAGGAGCUCACCUGGCCGGAGGUGUGGGUGCUGCGGCCCCAGGCCGCGCGGUCCAGCCGCCAGUGCGCGCUGCCCCCGGGCCCCGACCGGUACCAACGCCUCACCGCCUACCUGGCCGGCCUCACCCGCGCCGACCGGCUCGCCAAGUUCCUGCACUUCCAGCGCCGCGUGCUGGCCACGCAGGACCUCCGCCAGCCGGCCUUCACCGGCGCCCGGGCCGCCCGGCGCCUCGAGAGCAAGCUGGAGCAGGAGCUCCAGGCGGUGUGCGAGUGUGACCCGCAGGAGCUGCACCGGCUGGAGGUGUGCAGCCGGGCCUUUGAGGACAUCUGCAGCAGCUCCCUGCUGUUCGGCGGCAUCCUGAGAGAGGUGAAGGAUGAAUACGAGCUCUACAUGGCCAUCCUGCUGAGCGCGCAGCCCACGGCCACGUACCAGACGCUGAUGGAGGAGGCCCGGGGGCUGGCGAGCAGCUCGGUGAAGACGGUGGACGUCACCCAGGCCCGCGAGGAGCUGAGGGCGCUCAUGGCGGCCACCAACGCGGCCCUGGAGCGCAACGACAGGCUCAGGGGCGAGCUGGCCGAGGAGCAGCGGCAGCUGCAGUGCGCGCAGGAGCGGGCAGAAUCUUCUGAGAAAGAAGUGAGGGAGGGGGAGGAGCAGCUCACGCUCAUCGACAAGGUGGAGAGGAAGAGAUGCGAAGUCCUCCAGAAGCUGGACGAGAUCCGAGAUCUGGAGCGAGAGAUGAAAACCGCUCUGGUCCACACGGGGACUUUACAAGUCAUAGAGAGCAGGGUCAAGAGCAUCGAGACUGAAACUAUAAAAUUAGAAAGAGCAAAUAUAAUUUUAAAGAAGAAAAUAAAUGAUACGUACAGCCAGGUGAAGCAGUGCCUGGGGAAGAGCCUGCCGAGUGUGGAGGAGCAGCAUUCACAGGAUGCCUCACUCUCAGCCCACACGCUGCACACAUUUCACCAGGCAGACACACCUGCGGCGGCAGCCAGCGGGGCCGAGAAGGCGUCCGGCAGCGCCAGCAGCCCCCGCUGCCCCCUGUGA